AUGCUGUCUUGGCAGCUUCAUUGCCAAAUGCGCCUUAGUGCACUGAGCCGACAGCCUUCCCGCAAGCUGCUUCUCUCCCUCCUCAAGCCAUUGGUCACCACAAUCGCAAUCCUGCUAUGUCUGCGACUUCUCCUUGACGAGCCUUCGCCGCCGGCGCAUACCAAGGCGCUCGUCAUCGCGUCCACUGCCGCCACCGAGGGCGACGCAGCAUGGCUCGCCGACGUCCCGCUGGACUGGCGCAUCCACGUUUACUCAGCCGACCGGCCCUUGUCGCCCGCGCUCACGGUGCCCGAGAACAGAGGCAACGAGGCUAUGGUCUACCUGACGUACAUCAUCGACCACUACCACGACCUGCCCGACGUGGUCCUGUUCCACCACGACCACCUGCGCUCCUGGCACCAGGGCCUCAGCUCCCUGACCGAGGUCAGUAGCCUGCGCACCGCCUACGUCGUCGAGAAGGGCUACGUGUCGACGCGGUGUCUCUCCAACUGCGAGAAUGUGAUGCCCGUGUCCGCGGCGCCGCCCGUGGCGCUGGAGCAGAUGCCCGAGGUGCGGCGCGAUGGGCAGCUCGGCUCGCUACUGAAUGCGUUUCUCGAGACCGAGAAGCACGAGACGCUGCCGAAGCUGAUUGCGGCGCCGUGCUGUGCGCAGUUCGCGGCUAGUCGCGAGGCCAUUCGCGGACGCAGCCGGGAGUGGUGGACGGAGCUGCGGCAGUGGCUUAUUGAUACGCCGCUGGGCAGCUCGGCUAGCGGCAGGUUGAUGGAGUGGACGUGGCAUAUUUGGCUGGGCGAGGGCGCCUAUUCGUGCUCGCAUUCGCAUUCUGAGUGCAUGUGCAAUGUCUUUGGACGGCAGUGCGAUGCGAUUCCCGCUGGGUGA